CGGUACACAUGUGAAUAUGUUUAUUAUGUUACGAAUGAAGAAAUGUAACAUUAUUAUGUCUGUCUGAGUUUCAAGGAGCCUUUGAUCGUUCCAUCGCAUCUAAAGUAGAUUUUUAUUAAAUGCGCUGACCAUCGACAUCUGUUCAAAGAACACCAGGGUGAUGAAGUCAUCCAGAUACUGAAAUGGAAGAUGCACUCAGCCGAAGCUCCAUUGAUUCAUCAUCUACGGGGGAAGAUUUUGUUAUGAUAAAUGGAGAGCCAAAAUUGAGAAUCACGGGUGAUAUAAAUGACAUUGGUGUAGAAAUCAGUGAUGAAAGCCCUAGUGACCUUGUAAAGAGCAGUACAAGUUCGGUCGACAUGUCUGCCUCCGAGCUAACAGAGAAACCUAGUCAUGUGAUUAGCUCCAGCCAAUCAGCCGAUGUUUUGACAAUGGCUGUUAAGAACAGUGGCGCUGAUGGCUCAAACAGAGGACGUUCUACGUCUCUGCCAACCUCUCCAGGGGACGAGUUUACGUUGUUUGAUGGAGUUACUUACGUUGGUUGUGCCACCGUGAAUGCUCCGAGGAGUGAGAAGGAGAUAUAUCGUAACAUGGCAGUGUUGAAUGAACAGUCACAAAUGUCCAUUCCUGUUACUUUGUCAAUCCCUAAUACAUCAGCGGGAAUAGUCAGGUUGAUAGACCCAGGAACGCAGACGGACAUAUCAACGUACAAGAUUCACCGCAUUUUACUUUGCGUCCGCGGACCAGUUGAGAGCGAGGAAAAGCGCUGCUUUGCGUUCACCUGUAGCCAUGGUGAAACAGCAGACACCACCAUCUUUCAGUGCCAUGUCUUCCGAUGUGAUUUGGCAGAAGCAGUGGGGAAGAUACUGUAUUGUUUUGGGACAACAUUCCGGCGUAAGCUGCGCUCUGUGCAGGAACUGCAGCCCCCCCAGACGCCCCAGGACUCUGAGCAGUCCAACGUCUUUACCGUCAUGAUGGAGUUCAAGGAGGAUGAUGGGAAGGGGAACUUCACCACCUGCCCCAAAGACAAGAACGUGUUCAAGUUCAGGUGUAACUUUGAUAAGAAGAUUAUGAUCACAGUCCAGCAGUCCGGACCUCAGGAGCUGCUUAUUGAAAGAUGUUUUGGUCUGCUGGUAUCACCAGGGAGGAAUGUUAAAGAUGGAGACAUGCAACUCAUAGAAAUGGAAUCCAUGGGCGUAGGAAGUGACGGGAAGUCUUAUGUGAUCUCGGGCCACUGGGACCCAACAGAACCAAGCUUUGCUGUUCUUAACGCAGAAACACCCAAAGACACGCGUGUGUUUAUGACAGUGGCUAUUGACUUGGUGUUGAAUGGGAUACAGGAGCCUGUGAGGUUUGCCAUCGAGACCAAGGCUAAGAUCUACCCCCAGACAGAGAGGUUCUGGUACUUCACCAAGAAACCUCACUACGAGAUUUUCCAUGUUACACUCAAGCAGAUUGAGAGUAGCCGUGUGGGAGAGCAGGAGUUUGAGGUGAUGAAUGUACAGAGUCAGACCGACAUAGACAAGAGGAAGAAACUCACACUGAACAUCCCCUCAGCCAAAACAUUACCUGAGGAAAUUCAGACACCUGUGGAUAUGGAGGACCCAGAAUCAGAUGGCGAUGAACCUCUGUUGAGUGGGUCUGGCUCAGUUAGUAAAGAGGUUACAGACGACAACCUGCUGGAGGCAUGGCGAGAUGUGCUGACCCGCUGGCACCAGAACCUCGCCCAGCGCCCCAAACAGGUCACAGGCCUCUGCAGGAAGGGUAUUCCCGAGGCUCUGCGAGGAGAGGUUUGGCAGCUCCUCACUAACUGUGCUAACAACACAGAACUGAUGGAUGCCUAUAGAGUCCUUAUUGGCAAGGAAUCUCCAAAUGAGCAGACAAUAUCUCGUGACAUCAACAGAACAUUCCCGGCACAUGAUUUUUUCAAGGACACUGGUGGUGUGGGGCAAGAGUCAUUGUACAAGAUCAGUAAGGCCUACUCUGUUUAUGAUGAGGAAAUAGGCUACUGUCAGGGGUUGUCCUUCCUAGCUGCUGCCCUACUGCUACAUAUGCCAGAGGAGCAGGCGUUUUCAGUGCUUGUAAAGAUCAUGUUUGAUUAUGGUCUGAGGGAUCUCUUCAAGUCUGACUUUGAGGAGCUACAUUUGAAGUUUUACCAGCUAGAGAGGUUGAUGCAGGACCACCUGCCUGACUUGUUUGAACACUUUGUGGAGAUGAGCCUGGAAGCACACAUGUUUGCCUCCCAGUGGUUCCUCACCCUCUUCACAGCCAAGUUCCCACUGCAUAUGGUGUUCCACAUCCUUGACCUGUACCUCAGUGAGGGUAAAGACGUGAUAUUCAAUGUUGCCAUGGCACUUUUGAAGCAUGCGAGGAAGGACCUGUUAGCUCUGGAUUUUGAGGGGGUCCUGAAAUAUUUCCGUGUUCAUCUGCCCAAGAGGUACAGAUCGGAUGACGCAGCCAAGGAGCUGGUGCAGACAGCAGCAGGCAUGAAGAUCAGUGCUAAGAAGCUGAAGAAGUACGAGAAGGAGUUCAUUUUGAUCAAGGAACAAGAGGAGGACCCCCUCGAGAGAUAUGAGAGAGAAAACAAGAAGCUGAUAGAAGCGAACAUGAGACUGGAACAGGAGAAUGACGAUUUGGCUCAUGAGCUGGUCACCUGUAAACUAAGCCUGAGGAGUGAAAUAGAUCAGUUGACAGAUAAAAGUGAAGCUUUAGAUAAGGAACUGCGUCAGUCUAACAGUACUCUUGUGGACACGGAAGAAGAAAAGAGGAGACUGGAGUUAGAAUCUGCCCAGCUGAAGGAGAUGUGUCGGCGUGAGCUGGAUCGAGCAGAAACAGAAAACAGUCGUAACGGAGCUAUCAUAGCAGACUACAAACAGAUAUGUUCCCAGCUGAGUGAGAGGCUGGAGAAACAACAGACAGCGGCCAGGGAGGAGCUCCAGAAAGUCAAGGACCAGGUAAAGUCCUGCGAGCUCUGCUCCAAACUGUUCAGUGUGGAGGGACGCAUCAAACUGAUCAGUUCCACAACCAACGAGGCUGAUGAAAACCCCACCCUGGGGGAACUGGAGAAGAGGGUGAGGGAUUUGGAGCUGGAGUUAGCGCAGACCAAACUGGCGCUGGUUGAGUCCGAGUGUAAGCUCCAGGACCAGACGCACCAGCUGAAUGCAGCCCUUUCAGAAAUACAAACAUCAAAGAACACAUGGUUCCAAAAGACUCUGUCAUCCAUCAAAGAGGCGGCCACAUCCAAGAAGGAAACGAAAGAGAGGCUGGGGUCAGAGGGCAGUUGAGGUCAGCGGGCUUGUCUUGUCUACAUAUCCUGUGGUUCUUGAACACCUUAGGACUUCACCUGUGUGAUCCCAAAUCUGGGUGGUCCUCUACACCUGUAUGAACCCAACACCUGGACCUGGCUUCAGCUUGUGGGAACUUCAUCCUUUUGUGACCCCUGGCCUUUGACCCUUGUGACCCCUGCCUUUGAGCUCUUCCUCAGCAUAUUUUACAUGCUGGCAUACUUUCUUUUCCUCAGUGCUGAUAUAAAUGUUGUCAGAGUGACAGUGACUUCAUGCUUUACCGAUACACUGUACUACUGUGUACUAUACAGGGAGCAUUUACCUGUUUUUACUCAGUUCUGAGGAUUCACAAACCAUCUGUUUCUGGGGAGGAAUUAGCUUGGAUGACCUUGUUUUAUUGAGAAUGACCUUGGCAUGUGGUGGAUGUCUACACCUUUGAUGAAACACCUUGACCUGCAACUGAUGGAUGACCUUGACCCAAGAUUCAUAACCCUUGACCUUGGACAGACCAUCAUGAUUUCUGAGGAUCAACCUGAAGAUUUCUGGCCUUGGACGUGAACAGUUCUGUGUCAUUUCUGGCUUAAUGGUUGCGUUCAGUUAGUGCUGUUCUUGUUUUAAGACUGA